GUACAGAUUUUAGACUGGAGUCAGCAAUCACGGGUGUUUAGUCUGCAGCCGAGCAGAGAAAGGGAGAAAGAAUCGCUCAGGGGAGAUCCGCUGCAGACUCCGCCGGCACCCUGCAAUAGAUGGAUUCCGACUACACGAGGGGGGAAACGCCGAGGUGACACUCUUCUGCCUGGCGAGAGGGCUGACGGCCAAACGAAUGCGAGGACUGGACUCCAUGCCGAUAGUGUCUGGAAGCCGUGACACGGUGUGUAUAAAACAAAAGUUUAUGAGCUAUUAAUUGCUGUGCUGUGUUAUUAAGAGACGCUUUCGAGUUUCAAGUGCCAAAUGUAGCUUAGCUUUAAGUUGCCAAAGGAAGUUGAGGGGAUUGCUUUGCUGUUUUAACUUGCUCCGCGAGGGAAAUCUCACGAACUGACCAAUGCACCAAAUGAAUCCUAAAAUGCACUUUAGAUUUGUUUUUGCACUCCUGACGGUGUCUUUCAACCACGAUGCAUUGGGCAAGAAUUUGAAAUACAGGAUUUAUGAGGAACAGAGGGUUGGAUCGGUAAUUGCAAGACUAUCAGAGGAUGUGGCUGAUGUUUUAUUGAAGCUACCUAAUCCUUCUUCUGUUCGCUUUCGAGCCAUGCAAAGGGGAAAUUCUCCUCUACUUGUAGUAAACGAGGAUAGUGGGGAAAUCAGCAUAGGAGCUACAAUUGACCGUGAACAACUAUGCCAGAAAAACUUGAACUGUUCUAUAGAGUUUGAUGUGAUCACUUUACCCACAGAGCAUCUGCAGCUUUUCCAUAUUGAAGUUGAAGUGCUGGAUAUUAAUGACAAUUCUCCCCAGUUUUCAAGAUCUCUCAUACCUAUUGAGAUAUCUGAGAGUGCGGCAGUUGGGACUCGUAUCCCCCUGGACAGUGCAUUUGAUCCAGAUGUUGGAGAAAAUUCCCUCCACACAUACUCCCUCUCUGCCAAUGAUUUUUUUAAUAUCGAGGUUCGGACCAGGACUGAUGGAGCCAAGUAUGCAGAACUCAUAGUGGUCAGAGAGUUGGAUCGGGAGCUGAAGUCAAGCUAUGAGCUUCAGCUCACGGCCUCAGACAUGGGGGUGCCCCAGAGGUCCGGCUCAUCCAUACUAAAAAUAAGCAUUUCGGACUCCAAUGACAACAGCCCUGCCUUUGAGCAGCAGUCUUAUAUAAUACAACUCUUAGAAAACUCCCCGGUUGGCACUUUGCUCCUAGAUCUGAAUGCCACUGAUCCAGAUGAGGGCGCUAAUGGGAAAAUUGUAUAUUCUUUCAGCAGUCAUGUGUCUCCUAAAAUUAUAGAGACUUUCAAAAUUGACUCAGAAAGAGGACAUUUGACUCUUUUCAAGCAAGUGGAUUAUGAAAUCACCAAAUCCUAUGAGAUUGAUGUUCAAGCUCAAGAUUUGGGUCCGAAUUCAAUCCCAGCUCAUUGCAAAAUUAUAAUUAAGGUUGUGGAUGUUAAUGACAACAAGCCUGAAAUUAACAUCAACCUCAUGUCCCCUGGAAAAGAAGAAGUAUCUUAUAUUUUUGAAGGGGAUCCUAUUGACACAUUUGUUGCUUUGGUCAGGGUUCAGGACAAGGAUUCUGGGCUGAAUGGAGAAAUAGUUUGUAAGCUUCAUGGACAUGGUCACUUUAAACUUCAGAAGACUUAUGAAAACAAUUAUUUAAUCUUGACUAAUGCCACACUGGAUAGAGAAAAGAGAUCUGAAUAUGGUUUGACUGUAAUCGCUGAGGACAAGGGGACACCGAGUCUCUCUACAGUGAAACAUUUUACUGUUCAAAUCAAUGAUAUAAAUGACAAUCCACCCCAAUUCCAGAGAAGCCGAUAUGAAUUUGUAAUCUCGGAGAAUAACUCUCCUGGGGCAUAUAUCACCACUGUUAUAGCCACAGAUCUUGAUCUUGGAGAAAACGGGCAAGUGACAUAUACCAUUUUGGAGGGUUUUAUACUAGGAAGUUCCAUAACUACGUACGUAACCAUUGACCCAUCCAAUGGAGCCAUCUAUGCCCUCAGAAUCUUUGACCAUGAAGAAGUGAGUCAGAUCACUUUUGUGGUAGAAGCAAGAGAUGGAGGAAGUCCGAAGCAACUUGUAAGCAAUACCACAGUUGUACUCACCAUCAUUGAUGAAAAUGAUAAUGUCCCUGUGGUUAUAGGGCCUGCACUGAGAAAUAAUACUGCAGAAAUCUCCAUCCCCAAGGGGGCUGAAAGUGGCUUUCAUGUCACAAGAAUAAGGGCAAUUGACAGAGACUCUGGUGUGAAUGCUGAACUCAGCUGCUCCAUAAUAGGAGGUAAUGAGGAAAAUAUCUUCAUAAUUGAUCCACGAUCAUGUGACAUCCAUACUAAUGUGAGCAUGGACUCUGUUCCCUCCACAGAAUGGGAGCUUUCAGUUAUUAUUCAGGACAAAGGCAAUCCUCAGCUGCAUACCAAAGUCCUUCUGAAGUGCUCGAUCUUUGAAUAUGCAGAGUCAGUGACCAGUACAGCAAUGACUUCAGUAAGCCAGGCAUCCUGGGAUUUCUCCAUGAUGAUAAUUAUUUCCUUAGGAGCAAUUUGUGCCCUGUUGCUGGUUAUCAUGGUUCUAUUUGCAACUAGGUGUAACCGAGAAAAGAAAGAUACUAGAUCCUACAACUGCAGGGUGGCAGAAUCAACUUACCAGCACCACCCAAAGAGACCAUCCAGGCAGAUUCACAAAGGGGACAUCACGUUGGUGCCUACUAUUAAUGGCACUCUGCCCAUCAGAUCUCAUCACAGAUCAUCUCCGUCUUCAUCACCUACCUUAGAAAGAGGGCAAAUGAGCAGCCGGCAGAGUCACAACAGUCACCAGUCACUCAACAGUUUGGUGACAAUCUCAUCGAACCACGUGCCGGAGAAUUUCUCAUUGGAACUCACCCACGCCACUCCUGCUGUUGAGCAGGUCUCCCAGCUUCUUUCGAUGCUUCACCAGGGGCAAUAUCAGCCAAGGCCAAGUUUUCGAGGAAACAAAUAUUCCAGGAGCUAUAGAUAUGCCCUUCAAGACAUGGACAAAUUUAGCUUGAAAGACAGUGGCCGUGGUGACAGUGAAGCAGGAGACAGUGAUUAUGAUUUGGGACGAGAUUCUCCUAUAGACAGGCUGCUGGGUGAAGGAUUCAGUGACCUGUUUCUUACAGAUGGGAGAAUUCCAGCAGCUAUGAGGCUCUGCACAGAGGAGUGCAGAGUCCUGGGACACUCCGACCAGUGCUGGAUGCCACCGCUGCCCUCACCAUCCUCUGACUACAGGAGUAACAUGUUCAUUCCGGGGGAAGAAUUCCCAGCACAACCUCAGCAGCAGCACCCACAUCAGAGUCUCGAGGAUGACACCCAGCCUGCAGAUUCUGGUGAGAAGAAGAAGAGUUUUUCCACAUUUGGGAAGGACUCCCCAAACGAUGAGGACACUGGGGACACCAGCACAUCCUCUCUGCUCUCGGAGAUGAGCAGCGUGUUCCAGCGCCUCUUACCGCCUUCCCUGGACACCUACACUGAGUGCAGCGAGGUGGAUCGGUCCAACUCCCUGGAACGCCGGAAGGGACCCUUGCCAGCUAAAUCCGGGGGUUACCCACAAGGGGUGGCGGCCUGGGCAGCCAGCACACAUUUUCAAAACCCCACCAACGCCCCUGGGCCCCCACUCGGAGCUCACUCCAGUGUGCAGCCUUCUUCGAAAUGGCUGCCGGCCAUGGAGGAGAUUCCUGAAAACUACGAAGAAGAUGAUUUUGACAAUGUGCUCAACCACCUCAGUGAUGGCAAACACGAACUCAUGGAUGCCAGCGAGCUGGUGGCCGAGAUUAACAAACUGCUUCAAGAUGUCCGCCAGAGCUAGGAGAUUUCGGCGAAGCAUUUUUGUUUCCAUGGGUACGGAAACGGGGGACAGAAAAAACCCUGAAAGAACUGGCAUUGCCAAAUAGUUGCAUUUAUCAUAAAUGUGUCUGUGUAUAUUGAAUAUUAAAUACUGUAUUUUCGUAUGUACACAAUGCAAGUGUGAUUAUUUUAAUCUGUAUUUUAAAAAUACAUUUGUACCUUAUAUUUAUGUGUAAUUUAACAGACAAAUUUUAUUUUUUUACUCCCAUGACAAACAUGUCUUUCCUAAUCAUGUAGAAACUAGCCACUGUUCGAAUCCGAUAUACUAUUCAACAAUGAAGUGUAAAGGCACUGCUUAGGUUAGUUAUGUUGGGGAAGAAUUAUUAUGCUGAACGACCCCAUGAAAGCAUUAUCCACUUAAUUCCAUUAAGUAAUCUGACUUCUUUUGAAAUACUUUUUAAAAAGUAUGCAUCAUUAAAAAUUUUAAGCUAUUUUAUUAUUAUUUUCACUGCUCUCUGCUAGCUUCAAUAGUUCAACUCUUACAGCAAAAUGGAAACAUGAAGCAGAAUUUUAUUUUAGGAUUGGGAAAUAUUUUGAAGAAUAUUUAGGAGAUGACUAUUUCAAAUGAAUUUUUCACAGAUAAUGACAAAAAUAGGACAAAGUUAAUGAUUCUUAACUCCCAGGCCCCUACUAUUCUAAGGCAUCACAUUGGCCUGUUCUUGAGAAUAUUUCUCUAUAGUAUUAUUGCCUACUUAUAAAAAAGGUAAACAAUAAAUUUAAUUCCAUCCUUGUAAUAUUAAAUGUACUCAAAGAAAUGGAAUCUUCCCUUUAAAUGGAUAACAGUAUGUAUUCUAACAGCGUAAAGUAUUAAUGGACAAAGACAGUUAUGUCAGUGUCUAUCCUAGGAUAGUAAAUAUAAUUGAUUUAUUGUGAAACCAUUCUAUUUGAAUCUUCCCUUCUCCUCUCACAGUACUUGAACCAUCUUUUAUCUUUUGCAAUGUCUUUUUCUAUAACUAUUCACUUUUAGCUUUUGGCUCCAGUGCAUGAUCUCAUAUUUUUGCUUUUAUUUUUAGUAUAAGAACAUUUAGAAAAUCACAUUUUGUUAUUGCAAUUUUGUUUUCUUUGUUGUGUGACAGUUGAGAAAUUCUUUAUUUAUUGUGCUGUUAUCUCUCUGUGUGGAAUGCCUUGGUAAGAGAGAUUCUUAUUAUGACUAUUAUCAUUUAUGACCAAGCUUCUCUUACUGUUAUUUCUAAUAAUACACUAUCUUGAUUGUACUCUCCAGAAAAUUUUACUGUCAAUGAAAAUAAAAGGACAAUUAAAGUAAAGCUAAGGAACUGCUCAUAAGUCAGAGUCCCGUCCUUACCUAUAUGUUCCAAAGCUUUGCAUGCAAGAUACCCUUCCAGAGAGGGUGGUUUAGUGUUGGGUUUCAAGUAAUACAGAGGUUGGAACAUUCAGCUAGUUUGGCAAACAAGAAAAACACAAUGGAAAGGAAGGAAUUUGAAGGCUGUAAUGGUAAUGAAAGUAGUCAACCACAUUCAGGCUAGAUUAAAUAAUUUAAAUGUAUUUGGACUAUAAAGAAAAAAAGAAUAAGUAAAUGAUAACUGUUUGAAUAUUUUGCAAAUUACAUAAAAAACUUUCUCAGAAUAUUUUAUAUAAAGUUGUGCAGAAUAAAAACAUAUCCUUGCAAUAUUUCCAAAAGGCAAAAAUAUUACCCUCUCUGGCUUACUAAUAGGGAAUUGAAAUACUAGGAAUGUAACCAAAAAGUGGAUAAAACUCAGAUAUUUGAAUUCUCAAAGGAGUACCACAUUAAGUAGAAUGUAUUACCUCUUUCAAAAGGUGCAUUUUCCUUUAAAGAAAGGAUUUUGCAAUUACAAGAAAGUUUCAGUGUAUUUUUCAGUAGAUUACAUACACAAAUGCCAACCACAUUUAAAUACAUUUUGCCUUUCAAUUUCACUUCCUUUCAGGACAUAUUAUCAUUAAGAAAAAGACUUUCAUAAAUUCUCUGUUCGUAAUUUAAGGCACCAACAGUAAUUUAGGGAGUAAAGCUGGAAAUCAAUAUUUCGAAUAAUGAAGUAAAUAAAAUGCCAUAUUAUAUUCGACACAA